CGAGGGAUCGCGAGUAUGUUUUGUAUAAAACAACAUCCAGCCAGCGGUUCGCUAACCAUUCUCACACUCGACGCUUCCACGAUCGUCUCUUUGUGGUGUCCACUCACUUACCGUUGCUGUUGUCUGUUCAUAGACCUUUUUUUGGAGAGUCUCGAUCACGAUCCGGUGUUCUACAGUGAUUGUGUGAGGAAGUGUAACUUGAUCGUCAUGAAGUUUCUCAUAUUGUGUGCCUUCGUAGCGGGUGCUUCGGCAGCCUACUCCAGCUCCCAGUACGGUGAUGGAAAAGCGACAGGUCUCUAUAACACGGUGUCGACGGCGGAUGGUGCUUAUGCUGAUAAAUUCCCCCAUGGCGGCACAGGUUACAAUGGUGGCUUUACGACGCACUACGUUAGCCCCAACGGAGGUGGCGUAGCAGUGGGCGCCGGAACGGCUAACUUUGCGCCCGGAUUUGGCGGUGGCUUCGCCCCCGGUUACGGUGCUCCCGGUUUUGGAGGUCCCGGAUUCAAUCCUGCCUUCGGUGCACCGACCGUGGACUUCAACAACUUCUUCCAGGGCAUCCAGUCCAACUUUGCAAACGCCAUGACGCAAUCGAGAGCCGGUCCGGGAGCAGCAGUAUCGGCUCGUGCGUCGCUGCUGGGAUCGCCAAGGCAGAGACCUCGGACGCAAGAUCAGAUCAAUCUGUAUCAGCAACAGUUUGCCGCACAGCAGGCUCUGUUCAACAACAUCCGUCAGCAGCAGGCAGCACUCGCGACGUUGAAUGCCGGUGUCCCAGUGUACGCGUCCAACUUUGCCUCCGGUGGUAACUAUGGAAACGGAGGUGGUUUCAACGGUGCCAGCUCGUCCGCAUCCUAUGGACCGGGAGGAUUCCAUCAGACCGCUUCCAUCUAUCCCAACAAUCCGGCCGUACCCAACGUUGAUACCCGUUUCGGAGGAUCCGACCAAUCGACUACGAUCCAGAGUGGCAGGCCAGGUUACGUUGGAGUGUCCAGCUUCUCGUCCUCGUCGAACAUCAAUGGCCAGACGCAUCGCGAGGCGAUAACGUCGGUGAACGAUAAUGGCAAAAUUACCACCCAUCGCGUCCACUCCUAAAUGCGUCACCGAAGCACCGGAAAUGCCCAGCAGUGGCGGAGAGGCAGACAGGAGUGUAGCAGUAACACCGAUCGAUCGCACGGACUAACAUCACACGGAACACACACCAACGGACGGAAAAUUCGAAAACAAUCCAGCGCCUAUUGCGAUACCGGAGAGCGAUUGCUGCUCGCAGAGGCAACAUAUGGACCACUACUAGCUUCAUGUUGACUACGGAUUGGAGCGUUGCAUAGCAAGCGAUGAUCAAGGAGAGGAGAUGAUGCCCGACUAAUACCUUCCUGUGGACUGGAACGACCUCUAGACGGUGCUCGAUGAUGUCAACACGUACUUACCGCUGACAAUUUAUUUUUCACGUGGUGUUUUAAACCUGUAUUUGCAACAUCCCGUCGCUGGAUGUAACUAGUGAUUGACAAUAAAAUCCCUAAGCUAUCUCAUUCAA